UACUGCGUGCACCGGCAUAUUGAAACCGCCGUGUUUUGUCUUCCGGUUUUUAGUAUCUUGGAGCUUGCUGAGCUUCUGCAUAGAAUCAUGUCGGCAGAGAAAGGGGAGCUGGACCUGAGCGGCGCCAAACAAAAUACCGGGAUGUGGUUGGUGAAGCUCCCGAAGUACUUGGCACAACAGUGGGCAAAGGCUACAGGGCGCGGAGAAGUUGGAAAACUGAGAAUCGUUAAAAACCAAGGCAAAACAGAGGUAUCAUUUACUCUCAAUGAAGAGCUUGCGAGUAUCCAGGAUAUUGGAGGAAAGGCAGCCACCUCAUCAGUUACUGCACCAAGGGAACAUCCGUUUCAGCUGCAGAGUGUGGGAGGUCAGACUCUCACCGUGUUUACUGAGGGCUUAUCAGGUCAGUCUGAGGAUAAACCUGAAGGCAGAAGUAAUGAUAAACUUGCUUUGGAGGGAAUAGUGGUCCACCGUGCUGAAUGCAGGCCUGCGGCAAGUGAAGACUACAUGCAAAUGAAGCGACGGCAGAUAGAAGAAUCCUCCAAACCAAAAAGGCAAUCACAACAAAUAGAUAAGGCUGUAACAACGAAUUAUAGACCUGUGGCUAACCAUCAGUACAACAUUGAGUAUGAAAAGAAGAAAAAAGAUGAUGGAAAACGCGCUCGUGCAGAUAAGCAACAGGUUUUGGAUAUGCUGUUUUCUGCAUUUGAAAAGCAUCAGUACUACAACAUUAAAGAUCUGGUGGAUAUCACGAAGCAGCCUGUGACAUACCUUAAAGAAAUCUUACGAGACAUCGGCAUUUAUAAUGUCAAAGGAACGCACAAGAACACAUGGGAGCUGAAACCGGAAUACAGGCAUUACCAAGGAGAUGAUAAAAGUGACUAGCAGUAAUGAGCUGGAA